UUUCCACUUAGGCCUAGUUGCACAAGGUCCAGUGAAAUCGGGUAAACAAGUGAAUUCCAAUUCGCAUAAACCCAAUGACGGUGCUAAAAGUCGCAAACGUAUGCUGGAAGAUGAGGCGCUGUCUUCUAAGAAGGCCUUCUCUGAUUCAGAUAAGAUGGAAAAUAUGUCAGAAUCAGUGGAUUCGCUGAAUCAGGGCAGUGAAGAUAGUGAUACCGCUAGUGGAACAGGUGGCGAUGAUACGAGUUUGGAUAUGGUGGGUUCUUCUGGCGAUCCUAAACGUACUCGUACUGCCUAUACUCGUCAACAGAUACUUGAACUUGAAAAGGAGUUCCAUUAUAAUAAGUAUCUUACGAGGAAACGGCGGCUGGAGAUUGCACAUACUCUCAGUUUGUCUGAAAGACAGAUCAAAAUAUGGUUUCAGAAUCGUCGAAUGAAAUGGAAAAAGGAGCAUUGUCUACCAGGAAAUAAGCAACGUCUCUCAGAACCCCCACUCAUUACCCUCUCCAACCAGAACUUCUCUAUGCGUAAUCAAGACUCUAUGCAGUUUGGUCCAAAUCGGCAUGGAUUUGAUGUAGGUGGUGUUGGUGCCGAUCCAAUGAUGACAUCUCGGUUUCUACCCUUCUUUCCAAAGUAUCUCCCACCUACAAGUGGUGGACCAAAAAGUCCAUCUAUGACAUCACUUUCCUCUCAACCUAAGCGAUUCUAUGAAGAUGGCGGUAGCUUCGAUUCCACAUGGUUCAAUGACCGUUGCUAUCAGCAGUCAUCUCCACAAGCGCCAAGGUUCAAUUAUCCCACAAACUCUACUCAAUCAACUCCUCCGCCACCUCCCCAGCAAAAUCUUCCUGGACAGCCAACGCUAACUCCAUUUUCAAAUCAACCCUCGGGAGUAGCACCAACGGAUUUCUACUCCGGUCUGUUGACAAGUAGCUGGUCGGCUACAAAAGUAUCAUCUUCUCAACCUAUGUCUCAACUAAUGCGGCAAAAUGUCAACUCUUCCUAUGAUGGAGAAUAUGCAAAUAACAAUGCCAGCAACAACAAUACCAGCUCACCAUUCUUUGUCAACGCAGCAGCUCAGAAACAUCCCCAGUUCCCCGUUGCGGAUGAAGACUUAGCCCUAUCAGGCAGCAAUAUAGUGGGAGGAGUGGGGGGAGGAAAUGACAUGGAUAUUCCUAACAUGGUGGGAGCACGGAUCAAGAAGGAGUGUUGA